GAUUUUAAACAGCGAUAACUCAAAAAUGAAAAAAAAAUGAAAAUAAAACAAAAUUGUGAAAAAGUGUAAAGUUCGCGUAUAAAAUUGAACGCAAUUGAUUGGUGGUAAACUUUAAUUGUAAGUAGUGCACGCAAGUUUUAAGUAAGCCCAGCGAAGAAACAAAGCAAAAACGUCAACGUUACCACCUGCACCUGCUGCCCUCGACCGCCCGACUACCCGCCUUCCCUACCAAUUUAAUAAAUUUUUGACACAACACAACAACAUUAACACUCACUCACUCGCCAAUAACACUUGCACACGAUUGCGAUUCUUUACGCCUUGCGAAAUCUAAGACGAAGGCCAACGCCAGCCGAUUAACCAAGCAAAGCAACCAAAACACUAGACUCUCAGACAGCAGCAGCAGCAGUGACAACAACAACAAUAGCAACAACAAUUAUAUCUAGUAUAGUAAUAAUAACAACAAAUGCGUGCGACGUUUAAAAUCUAAUGUAGAUUUUAGUGAAUCGCCGUAUUAGACCCAAUUUGCAAAGUCACGCCGCGUCAGCUCAUACAGUACAGCUGAGCAAUGUCUGUACGGACGCAGGUGCUAGGAUUAGUGGAUGUCAUGAUGCGUGUGCCGCCCAUCAUGGUCAUCGAUGAGAUACUCAAAAUAAGCAUGGGCUUACCAACUAGACUCUAUCCUGACAAAUCGGCAGACGACACAGCAACAGCUGGAGCUGCUGACCAGGCGCAAACCGGCUCGGAAACAGACACAUUUAGCAGCAUCAAAGCGUUCUUCGGAAUGGCCAGCGCCGAGGAGACAGCGGCAGCAGCAGCUUCUGCCAUUUCCAAUGCCGCCAACUCUGCGAUUAACUCCAGCCAACAGAUGAUCGAGCGUACCAUAGAGAAUGCAUCAAAGACGGCGCAUGAAAAUGGCAUGCUGAGCAGCAACUUUAAUACGCUAAUGGACGAGCUGGCACAGGACACAAUGCUGGCGGACAUACUCAACACGACAACUGUUAAAUUUGUCAUCUGUGUUUUAGGUUUCCUCUGCGCGCUUUGCAUUUUCAUGCUAUGGACGCGUCAUCUGGUAAUGGUGUACAUGUUUCUCUCGUCACUGGGCCUGACGUUUCUCUCCUACUGGUCCAAUGUGAGCGCGUUGGCAUUAAUGCAGGGCAGUCCCAGCAUACUGGAGGAUCUGGUGUCAAUGAAUACCACCAGACUGCUGGAUUCUGGCGGCGUCAUCAUGUCGCUGGCGCCGCAUCUAAUGGCGCAGUGGCUUAUGGGCAUGCUCUUUGCAUAUAUACAUCUGGGUCCGCGCUUUACGCUGCUGCAAAGAUUCAUGCCCAUAAUCUUCACUAGUCCCAUUCUUAUUGCCAUGUUGCCGCUACCGCCGCACAUUAUAGAAAAAUUGCCCAUUGUAGCUGGACUAACGCCCAUUAUUCUGACAAAAAUCACGCUCAUGCACAGUGCCAUGGAGGCGGCUCGUACGGUAUACAAUGGCUAUCAGUACGCCAUGAACUUUGUGUCCAACUUUGGGCUCUCAGCGCUCAUUGAGAACGAAUGGCAGCGCCUCAACGUGCCCAAUGUACUGCGUCUAUUCUGGACCAUCAGAAUCAUGCAGGGCGCUUAUACGAUUCUCACAGUCGAAACGGAUGCGCGAUUGCCCCUAUUUCCAGCAGUGGAGAAGCUACUUGUGGAUGGCUGUGACACGCUAACCUCUGUGCUUGGCAUGACUGGAGUCAUUUCUAUUAUUUGCCACUAUAUUGGACGAAGCUUUCAAUGGUAUUUGCUAACCUAUGACAACGACGAGGAGAAAUCUCUGGGCACUGUAUCCGCCGUGCUCUUCUAUAUACUGGCCCUGCAAACUGGCCUCACCUCGCUGGCGCCAGAUAAACGCUUUGUGCGCUUGUGUCGAAAUCUGUGCCUGCUGGUCACAGCUUUGAUGCACUUUCUGCACAACAUUGUCUCGCCCAUUCUGAUGUCCUUGAGCGCAGCGCGCAAUCCUUCGCGUAAACGUCAUGCGCGCGCUUUAUCUGUGUGCGCCUUUCUCAUAUGCAUGCCCAUAUUGUUGCUCCACUAUCUGUGGUCGAAUCACACGCCAUCCACCUGGCUGCUGGCGGUCACUGCCUUCUCCGUGGAGGUGAUUGUCAAGGUCCUUGUUUCGUUGGCCACAUAUACGCUCUUUUUGCUGGACGCACGCCGUCAGUUCUUUUGGGAGAAGCUGGACGAUUAUCUAUACUAUGUGCGCGCCUUUGGUAACUCAGUGGAAUUCUGUUUUGGCAUUCUACUCUUUAUCAAUGGCGCCUGGAUAUUGGUCUUUGAAUCUGCCCAAAAUGCUACAGGCGGCGCCAUCAGAGCGAUCAUGAUGUGCAUCCAUGCCUACUUCAACAUCUGGUGCGAGGCUCGAGCUGGCUGGUCGGUGUUCAUGAAGCGACGCUCAGCUGUACACAAAAUCUCUGCGCUUCCAGAGGCAACGCCUGCCCAACUGCAGGCCUUUGACGAUGUCUGUGCCAUUUGCUAUCAGGAAAUGUAUUCCGCUAAAAUUACACGAUGUCGGCACUUCUUCCAUGGUGUUUGCCUGCGCAAAUGGCUUUAUGUGCAGGAUCGCUGCCCACUGUGCCACGAAAUCAUGAUGUACACAGACAAAGCGGAGGACAAUGUGCAAAAUGAUGAUGCAGCGCCGGCUGCACAAGCCGAACAGCCACUGCGUAUAUAUCCCAGAGACGACGGCUCUACACGUCCUUCGCCGGAAAGAACAGCAGCAGCAGUAGUAGCCGCAGCCGCAGCAACGGAACAGCCUAGCACGACUACCGCCGCGGUCUCGGAAACAUUACUUCUUGAUAAUCCUUUCAUUGGAUUAGCCAGCGAGCCGUCAAUAGAGCAAGUGAGAGCGAGCACUAGCAACAGCAGCGGCAGUAGUACCAGCUAUAUGUCCGCAUCUGGACAGCCGAAACCAUCGACGGCCACAUCGGCGGCAGCUGUGGCAACCGCAGCGGCAAGCAACACGACGCACAUAUUUCGCUUGUCACAAGAGCAGGAGUAAGCAAGCGAACGGCAACAGUCUAUACUUUAAAUCUAGUUUCUUAAUCAUACCACAUGUAAUUGUUCUAUAUGUUAGUGUACUUAUGUAAAAAUGGAAACUAUGCGCUGCUUUUUUUGAACCUUUUUGAGCUAUCAUAAUUCCUGCACACGCAAAACACUGGAACCUCAUCUAACACACACGCAUAAAUGCACUCGAGUUAUUUGGCUUAUAUUCCAUAUAAAAUUAAAUUAUUUACUAUAUUUAUACAACUGAAACUGAAACAGUGCCGAACGAAACGAAAAUUCAAUCACAGAUCUUUGUACAUUAAGCUUAUGGUAACAAGUAGACCCCCAAAAAGAGAAAAACUAAAAAAGAAACAUGUUAAAAGGUUAGGUUUAAGUUUACAGUGAAAUGGUGUUACAAAAAAUAUACAAAAAAAACUCUAAAAAAAAUUAUGCGGUGAAGUCUGAAAACGAUUUAAUCAAGUACCAAGUAAAACAAAAAUGAACCUAGUUACGAUCGCAAACAAAUAAAAAUUAGCUACGUUAAAUAAUUUU